CAUGUCUUCCCUUCUUGGUAACCCUUUGAGAGCGUUCAUCCAUCACCACUUAAAAUUUUUUAAAAUCUGCCAUAUAUAUAUCUAUCUAUCAGAAGACUAACUGAGCUAGUCCGAAUCUCUCUGUUUAGGAGUUCGUUUGUUUGAUCAAUGUCUAAAAAAGGUGGUCGUGGAGCUUCUUUACAGGAAGAUGUGCCGUGGAGGGCUGCGGCUGUUCCCGGUACCAGACCCAUCCCCAAAAUUAAUUACUCCCCACUCCUUCAAAUCCCUCAAAGCCCCUAUUCUGAUUAUGCCCUCUCCGUCAUGAAGCACCCUGAUCCUAUUGGAGCUGGUUUGGGAAUGGGGGCGAUACUGGAGGCAGCUGGACCGGAAUGCAUCGUCCCCGGGCAGACUACACCAUUGAAAUUACUUGGUCUUAAGGUAUGGCCUAUUGAGGUGGAUUUGAAAUUUUUGGAACCUGUUGGGCGAGAACUUAAGGCAAUUGGGAAGUUCAUGGAUUCAGCAGUCGAUCUCAUGAACAAAUCCUUCAUUGAUCGCUAGAGCUGUUACGUUCCCCCAAGUAGCCGGUAAGCAUUAUUGGAGACGCAAGCAAUAUCAUCUAAAGAGAAUUAGUUAAUCUGUCCUCUGGUUUCUCUCUUUUUGUACCCCAUUGUACUCCUGGCAAACUGAGAAGUAUGUUGAACAUCUAAAGGAAGCCAUGGAUUUCUUUGAAAAGGUUAAUAAUAUUUACUAGCCAUUUACAGUGAA